AUAUGAUCAGCACAUGGAAAUGUGGUAAUUUGGAUGUAUUCGUGAUUGCAACAGAUUGAAGAAAUUAGACCAGACAAAGAGUGUUUCUGGAGGAGGAGGAGGAGGCAGAAAGAGGGAGGGAGACGGGGUGAGAAAGGGGAGGACGCCUCUGGAAAGGGGGACGCCGGGACUCCCGCCUGCUGCUAAAUAUAUCCGUAGUGAUGGAGAGAGACCGGAUCACAGCCUUGAAAAGAUCUUUUGAGGUCGAGGAGGUCGAGACACCCAACUCCACCCCACCCCGGAGGGUCCAGACUCCCCUGCUCCGGGCCACUGUGGCCAGCUCCACGCAGAAGUUCCAGGACCUGGGUGUGAAGAAUUCAGAGCCCGCAGCCCGCCAUGUAGACUCCCUAAGCCAGCGAUCCCCCAAGGCUGCCCUGCGGAGGGUCGAGCUCUCGGGGCCCAAGGCCGAGCCUGUGUCUCGGCGCACCGAGAUCUCCAUUGACAUCUCGUCCAAGCAGGUAGAGAACGCCAGCACUGCCGGGCCGUCCCGGUUCGGGCUCAAGAGGGCCGAGGCGCUGGGCCACAAGACGCCAGAGCCCGCCCCUCGGAGGACGGAGAUCACCAUAGUCAAGCCCCAGGAGUCAGCCCACCGGAGGGUGGAGACCCCUGCCUCCAAGAUCCCUGAGGUGCCCGCCGCCCCCGCCGCUGACGCAGCCCCCAAGAGGGUCGAGAUCCAGGUGCCCAAGCCAGCCGAGGCGCCCGCCUCCCCCAUCCCACCCCUGACCCUGGAGAAUUCAGAACCCACCCCGAUGUCUCAGCUGCAGAGCAGGCUGGAGCCCAAGCCCCAGCCCCCCAUGGCCGAGGCCCCACCCAAGAGCCAGGAGGCCACCGAGGCAGCUCCCAGCAGCAUUGGCGACAUGGCCGACACCCCCAGAGAUGUGGGGCUCAAGCAGGCGCCCGCGCCGCGGACCGAGAAGGCCCCGGUGGACUUCGGCUAUGUGGGGAUCGACUCCAUCCUGGAGCAGAUGCGCAGGAAGGCCAUGAAGCAGGGCUUCGAGUUCAACAUCAUGGUGGUCGGGCAGAGCGGCUUGGGAAAGUCCACCUUGAUCAAUACCCUCUUCAAAUCUAAGAUCAGCCGGAAGUCGGUGCAGCCCACCUCGGAGGAGCGCAUCCCUAAGACUAUUGAGAUCAAGUCCAUCACACACGAUAUCGAGGAGAAGGGCGUCCGCAUGAAGCUGACGGUCAUCGAUACGCCGGGGUUCGGGGACCACAUCAACAACGAGAACUGCUGGCAGCCUAUCAUGAAGUUCAUCAACGACCAGUACGAAAAGUACCUGCAGGAGGAGGUCAACAUCAACCGGAAGAAGCGCAUCCCGGACACGCGCGUGCACUGCUGCCUGUACUUCAUCCCCGCCACCGGCCACUCCCUCAGGCCCUUGGACAUCGAGUUCAUGAAGCGCCUGAGCAAAGUGGUCAACAUCGUCCCAGUCAUUGCCAAGGCCGACACGCUGACCCUGGAGGAGAGGGUCUACUUCAAACAGCGGAUCACUGCGGACCUGCUGUCCAAUGGCAUCGACGUGUACCCCCAGAAGGAGUUUGAUGAGGACUCGGAGGACCGGAUGGUGAAUGAGAAAUUCCGAGAGAUGAUCCCAUUCGCCGUGGUGGGCAGUGACCACGAGUACCAAGUGAAUGGGAAGAGGAUCCUGGGAAGGAAAACCAAAUGGGGCACCAUCGAAGUUGAGAACACCACACACUGUGAGUUUGCUUACCUGCGGGACCUCCUCAUCAGGACGCACAUGCAGAACAUCAAGGACAUCACCAGCAGCAUCCACUUCGAGGCCUACCGCGUGAAGCGCCUGCACGAGGGCAGUGGCGCCGUGGCCAACGGCGUCCAGGACAAGGCUCCCGAAGCCCAGGAGGGGUAGGCGCCGCCUGGCCGGGACCCUGCCCCCGGGACCCUGCCCCGAGCCUGUCCGUCCCUCACUGCCCCACUCGCCCCAUUUUAUUUUAUAUAAUUUUCUCCAUGUGGCAUCGAUCUCUGCCCCUUUACACAUGCCAAGUAACAAGAUGACGGGUGCCCUCUGAGUAUGUUCGCGAUUAGCCCGCAGACUACAGGGGCCCGGGCUGGGAGCACCUCGGAGUGGAGGCCGGCUCUCUGGCCGUUCCUGAGGUCCAGGAGAGGCUGGACCGGGGCCAGGAGGGGCGGGGAGGACCAUUGACUCAGUCCCGACCCUGCCUCCAUCUCGGGGUGGUGCCCGCGGUGGGUGGAACCAUCCUGGUGGACCUGGAGCCCCUUCCUGCCCCCGCCUCCCCACCCGGCGCUGGCCGUGACUCAGAGCCCCCUACCCGGCCCCCAAGGGGAGAGCAGUUCCUUCCACGAGACCCAAGUUGCCAACUGCUUAGAUGCAGCAAGGCCCGUUGGCUGCUGCCCACCCGCAAGCCUGUCCCGGAGCAGAAAGUGCCUUUAUCUCAGCCGUCCAUGAGAGCCGGCAGACUCUCCCCAGCUGUCCCCUUGGACGGGAAGUUGGGACAAGUUGGAGAGAGGAAGGUGUGUCUUCAUCUUCCCCUCAUGUCCCGUGUCCCCGCCGCCCCCCCUCCUCCCCCUGCUGGGAUUUGAUUGAGGAUCCAAAGGAAGGAAACAGAUGCACCCCACCCCACCCCACCCUGAUUUGGGGAGGGUCCAAGCAAGCGAAGCUGGCGGAGGAGCUGAGGGAGGAAGUGACGGCAGGUGCAGGAAGGAAGCGGGGGCCCCUGUGAACCGUGGCUGGGAAUGCUCAGAGUGGCCCUCGUGGCCUUGGUGCCUGCCCUGCCCCACCCCGUGUGACUGGGAAAGUGUGUGUGUGUGUGUGUCUGUCUGUUUAGACAUCCAUUUGGCCCAAGACGCUCUGGUUAAAUGAAUGCCCAGUUAGCCACUCCAGAUGUACACUCAGCCCUCCUGACCCAGGCCUUGCUGAUGCCGCCACCCAGGGAGGUGGGGGCCAGGCAGGCCUGACUUUUUGUUACCCACCUGCCUCACCCACCCCCUCAGCCCACCAUGAAGACCCCAGAGGGGGAGAGGUCAGAGGUCAGGUGUGCACGGCCCACAGCCGGGCUGCAGAGCUGGCUUUCACGUCCGCACAGCCCAGUCCGUCUCCUGCUCCCUCACCCCUGUCUCCGUGGGGGACAGCAGGGACCAUCUGUGCCAGGCACAGCAGACCGCAGGUGCUUCCUCCUGCCCCCUGGAGAGACCGAGGGGCUGGCUCCGGCCGGGGAGAUGAGAUUGGAGCCCACGGGGAGGUGCCCGCCAGCCCAGGAGGAGAGCAGAGAGGAGGGAUGGCUGCAGACAGACCUGGUGUGUGCGCGUGCGUGGAUGCCAUUGCUUUGCGUGUUUACUCCCUCCCCACCCGAGAGAGGAAGGGCCCCUUAGCGAAACAGUUUACUUGCCGACUUGCCAUUUUUGCCAAAACCAAGAUUUUGAAGGAUGCGUCUGUCUCCAGCAUCGGGGCCUGGCCAGGGGGCAGCCUCCCGGGCGGGGGUGCUCUGCCGGGCCCCUCGCCCCGGGGUCUGGCAGCUCCCAUCCUGGGACGCCUUUGCUUUCCUUCUCUGUAGCCAGAUUUUGAAAACUUGUUAGUCUCACUGGGCUCUGUUCCACAGUGGCCCUUCGCUAUGUGCCUCCUGAGAAAUUCGUCUCUUUUUGUAUAAAUGACAAAGUGUUGAAAAUGUAUUUCCUGAAAUAAAUGUUCCAAAUGCAGACCUGGAA